GCAUUGAUUUUAAAGUGAAGCCAGUAACAUUUAAUGAUACAAGAGUGAAACUUCAAAUAUGGGAUACAGCUGGCCAGGAACGAUUCCAUACACUUAGUACUAGCUAUUUUCGUGGUGCACAAGGCUUUGUUCUUGUUUAUGACAUCACAAAUCUGGACAGUUUUCAAAGUAUAACAGGCUGGAUGAAAGACAUACAUGAGAAAGCAGGUGAUGAAGUGGACGUAAUACUGUUGGGCAACAAGUGUGAUAAGGAGUCAGAACGUGUAGUUCCAAAACAGAAAGGAGAAAAGCUUGCCUGGGAACAUGGAAUACCCUUUUUUGAAACCAGCGCUAAAGAUAAUGUGAACAUUGAGGAUGCAUUCUCAGUCUUGACUAAGGAAAUACUGGAAAAGGUUUCUGCAGAAUAUGCACACUGUGAGGAUGCUGCAUGCUGA